AUGUUAAUGACGAUGACAAAACAUUUCGAUUAUUCGUUAGUUUCAGUAACUGAAAACAGGUAUAAAUUCCAAAGUCCAUGUACAAAAAUAAAACAACAACAACAACAGCAGCAAUCACAACAGAAACCAAAACCACCUGUCCGUGUACAAUCAAUGCAGAAUCAACAAAAACCUGAAGUGUCACCGAAGCCAAAAAAUUUACUUAAUAAAUCAAACACUGUUACAUCAUCCUCGAUGAAUUUAAAACCAGUACUAGCAAGAUAUCAGCCACAAUUGAUUGCAUUUCAACAGCCACAGCCAAAACAAACAAACCAUUCCGAAUCAUCAUCGCCAAUGACGAAUUCAUUACCACCAAAAGCAUCGAUCAAUCAUAAUCAAAUGAUUGAUCGAAAAUUUUGAUCUCAUUUAAUUCCUUGAAAUCACUUAGAAUCCCCAUUUUCAUUGUAGUUUUUUUUCAAAGCAAAUCAAAGCUCAUUAUUCUAUUUUUUGUCGAAUGAGAACAGAAAAGUUCUCAAUUGUUAAGUUUGCCUUUGCUUUUCAUUCGUUAUGAUUUUCAACAAAUAUCUGUUAUUUGUUUGUUCUCAUUAUCUUGAAACAAUACUCUGAUAAAAAAUUUUGAAAACAAUGAACAAAUUCAAUAGUGCAAUAUAUAUGUAACAAUUAUUAGAAUCGAAUAUCAGAAAUACAUUUAUCAUAGUAUGUGUGUGUCCAUAAAAACCGGAAGCAAAAAAAAAUAGAAAAUUCAUCUUUUUUCUGCUAAAAUUUAAACA